CACCCGGUGGUGCCCGACCUGCUCGGUUCCGUCGUCUUCCCGAACCGGGACGCCGCCCGGGCUGUUUUGGAGGAGUGCACCCCCUUUAUUCCGGAAGCCCGAGAGGUGCUCAGCUUGGUUGACCAGUGUCCACAGCAGGUGCAGAAAGGAAAGUUCCCGGUCAUUGUCAUCGAAGGCCUGGAUGCCACUGGGAAGACCACAGUGACGCGGUCCAUUUCUGAGGAGCUUGGGGCGGUGCUCCUGCGGUCACCCCCUUCUCGCAUCGGCCAGUGGAGGAAAAUCUUCGAUGAGGAGCCUAGUAUCAUCAGAAGAGCUUUUUACUCUUUGGGCAAUUACAUUGUGGCAUCAGAAAUAGCUGAACGAUCCGCCAUUUCUCCUGUGAUUGUGGACAGGUACUGGCACAGCACGGCCACCUAUGCCAUUGCCACCGAGGUAAGCGGGGGUCUGCAGCACCUGCCCCCCGCCCACGACCCCGUGUACCAGUGGCCCCAGGACCUGCUCAGGCCUGACCUGGUGGUGCUGCUCACCGUGAGUCCAGAGGAGAGGAUGCAGCGGUUACAAGGCCGGGGCCUGGAGAUGACCAGGGAGGAGGCUGAGCUGGAGGCCAAUAGCAUCUUCCGGCAGAAGGUGGAAGCGUCGUACCUCAGGAUGGAGAACCCGGCCUGCUGCGUGGUGGAUGCCAGCCCCUCGAGAGAAGAGGUCCUGCAGACAGUGGCACACUUGAUCCACACCACUUGUUACUGAUGUCACAUGCUCGGCCGGAUGCUGCCUCAUCCUGGAACGCAUGUCCUGGAACGCACAUCCUGGAACGCAUAUCCUAGAACCCAUGUCCUUGUCCUGGGCUGCGCAACGCCCCUAGAUUUCUACUGCAGAAGCAUAUUUGGGGGCAGGCAGUUGAAGCCAACAGUGUGUUCACUUUAUCUCCUCAGCCGCUGUCCCCACUGCUGGCUGAGGGCUUGGCAAACUUGGGCCUUGUCCUGUCCUGACUGGCGGGUAGCGAUUGCUUUCUGCCCAGGAAAUAAAACAUCUUCUUGUAGCAUGGUUUGACCCCAUCACUACCAACUUCCGGGAGGGCCAUCUGGGGUAUAAAAUAUCCCGUGUGCAGAAGGCACCGGAAGGAUCCUUACAUCAGCGGGAAGUCUGCAGCUUCCCCUCCACCUACUCUGGAGUCACACGUGGCCAGAGCUGACUUCUUCCCAGCCUCGCGGUGUCUCCUGAGCUCCAAAUCCUGACCCCAGGAUUUGCCCAGAGCCUGGCCAUCCAUGGCAUCCCAGGUGCCGUGGGCAGGUGAGGGUUACUUGCGAAGAAAGUGCGAUUUUAUGCUGGAGGCUCCCAGCCCCUUCACAUUGUCCCCUAGUCUAUCACUUCACACUCAAGGGCGUUCAACCCAAGCUGCUCUGACUGCAAAUGUACCAACCUUCUGUCAUUAUAUUUUGCUUAUUUAUAUUCCUUUCCCUUUCUCUGAAAUAUGGCUUUGAAUGUAAUGAGCGGUUUGAGCUGAACUGGAUUCAUUUCACUUAGGCAAUCCAGCAAUUUAUUUAUAUUGAUGUUUACAUCAUACAUUUCCUCAGUGUAGGAGCUAUGAGUCACUAAUUAAACUCAGAGCCAAGAAGCUAAAUGCAGUGUUUGUUGUGUAUUUUCAUUACACAAAUUUAAUUUAUCUCACUCAAUAAACGCAGUGGUUCCUGGAAUGGGAUUUCUUCGUAAAUUAUCUUGCACAUGAAUGUCUUAAUGAUUGCGUGCAGUCAGUUUUGAGGUCUGGUUGGCAAGGAAAAAAAGUAGCCGAGAAGAGGGGGAAAUUUAAUAGCUGUGUGGCCUUGACUGCUUCAUUUAAUGUCAGUAGUACAUGUUGCUUGACCUAAGAAGGGAGAAUAAUUCUUGUCUUUAGGAGAGUGUUGACCUAGAUGAUUACCUAAAAUUCCUUCCAUCCUAAGGGAGAUGAAUCUGUAAAUUUCUGUAUUUUGAUCCUGUUUACUAUUUCUUAAGAAGACUUUACCUCAAAAUAAUGAAACUUAAGGCCUUAUCAGGUUUUACUCCAUGGAUCUUAAAUGAUAAUAAAGUUUAGUAUUACCCAAUUUUCAAAGGCCCUAGAGUUAAUUUGUACAGAAUGUAUCUAUGUCUAUAAAUACGUAAUUGGUUUGAGUUGAAAAUAUUUUUUAAGCUGUUGGAUAGCAUUAAGGUUCUUUGCAGCGCGGUAUCUGAUUAUAUUAUUGGUUUCCUUCAGACCUUUUGAAGAGCUGAGGCCAGCAACCUGGAACAAACAUCUAAAGCUUUCUCUGUCUUUUGCAAUGAAUAAAUCCACGAUGGUUUUCUAAAACCAUCGUGCCGUCACUGUGA